AUGACCGAUGCUGGCUAUUCGGGGGACAUUUUCACCUGGACUAAUGGUGGAAGGCUCAGUAAGAGAAUACUAAUAAAACUAGUCAGGGUUAUGUAUUUUGAUAAAUGGUCUCGGAGCUUCCAAAUGGUUAAGAAAGUAAAAGAGACAGAAGAACAGGUGGAGAAGGCAGAAUUAGUUUAUGCCUCUCACAACAGUGAUCAAAAUAGAGGUUAUCUUCAUGCCAAAUAUGCUGAGCAGAUUCACUGGUUAAAAAAAGAAUCCUCCAUUCUAAAACAGAAGUCAAUAAUUAAAUGGCAGGAAGAUGGAGAUAGUAACACUAAAUACUUUCAUAGUGUUAUUAGACAUAAAAGGAAGAGAGUUCAUCUCUAUAGAAUUAAAGAUGAGCAGGACAACUGGCUUCAAGGUGAUGAAAGGAUUGCAGAAGCAGCCACUAGACACUUCAACAGUCUAUUUUCACAAACCGAUCAGCAACCGGAAUUUAAGAUCCUGGAUAACAUAGAAAGUAUUAUUACUGAUGAAGAUAAUGAUCUACUUACUGGCAUUCCAAACUCAGAGGAAAUCUACCAGGCUAUAACAUCUCUGAACCCUGAUAGUGCCCCUGGUCCUGAUGGUUACAAUGGCAGGUUCUACCAAGCUACUUGGGAUACUAUAAAGGAUGAUCUGAUUUACUUAGUUGUUGGAUCAGGAGGAGGUAGCAAGAGACGGAAGACCUGGUGGAAUGUAAUUCCACAUUGCAUUUGGUGGACAGAGUGGAAGGAGAGGAAUAGUAGGAAUUUUGAAGAUAUAUCCAAUUCCAUUCACAAGCUUGAUAUGGCUAAAGCUUAUGACAUAGUUUCACGGCUUUUCCUAAAGUCUGUUAUUAGAAAAAUGGGGUUCUCUAAGAUAUUCAUUGAUCUAAUUCAGAGACUGACAUCAGAAGUGUGGCACUCUGUCAUGAUCAAUGGGUCCUUAAUCAACUCUAUGAUAAACAAAGGAUGCAUUGGUUACUCUAUGCACCAGAAGGGCCCUUUGAUCAAUCACUUGUGCUAUGCUGCUGACAUAGUCAUGUUCUCUUCCGGCAACAUGAGAACUAUCAAGAUGAUCAUGAAGACUUUGAGACAGUAUGAGAGGGAGUCUGGACAAAUGAUCAAUAUUGACAAAAGUGUCUUCCUGACUGCCACUCACUCACCUGAUAGUACAAGAAGGAUGAUUAACAGAAUCAAUGGUUAUAACCAUCAACUGUUUCCUAUGAAAUAUCUUGGAUGCUCUAUUUUCCAGGAAGAAAGAGAGCUUAAACACUUUGCUGAUAUUGCUAAAACAAUCAUGAACAAGGUUCAAGGAUGGCAUGGGAAUAUUCUUUCUUCAAGAGGAAGGUCCAACAUUAUAAAACAUGUACUUCAGUCACAAACUCUUCAUAUUUUGGCUGCUAUGUCCCCUCCUAAGGACAUUAUCAAACAAACUAUAGGGUACUUUGCUAACUUUUUCUGGGGGCAAACAGAUAACAAAAAGAGGUAUCACUGGAGUUCUUGGGCUAAUAUGUGUUAUCCCCUUAAAGAGGGUGGGACAGGAUUUAAAAGACUUGAAGACAUAUGUAAAGCUUUUGCUGCAAAGAGAUGGUGGAGACUGAGAACUGAGAACAAUAUAUGGUCUCAAUUCAUGAUGCACAAAUAUUGUCAAAGAGGCCAUGUGGUGGCUAGGAAGAUUCAAAGAUAUCAUUCCUCUAUUUGGAAAGAUCUCUUGAGAAUUAAAGCUGAGGUAGAGCCUUUCAUGUUGAGGAAGAUUAAUGACGGUCAAAUUUCCUUUUGGUGGGACAAUUGGAGUGGCAUAGGUUCACUAGUCCUUUAUCAUCAUACAGACAGCAGUCCAGGAAACCUCACUGUUGCCGAUUGUCUAGAUGGAGAUCACUGGGAUAUGGAUUAUAUAUCUAGAUUACUGCCUAACAACAUUUGCCAAAUCAUCCAAAGCGUGAAUAUUGGUCCCAGGAACUGGAAAGAUCAGGCUAUUUGGACAAGUGCUCAUCAGGAAAUUCUCUUGCGCAAGUGCUUUUCAAAACCUCAGAAGCACUAG